AUGGAGGAGAGUGAUGAGUAUACGGUCCAUGGUAAUGCCCGCGACCACGAAGAACCAAACUUCCGCCGUCACAGCCACUCGAGUGACUUGUCAAAUCCUGGGCAAAGCACCAUCGCCGAUGCCCUCUCCGUCGCCGAACUCUACGUCUUCAGCUACGGUGUCGCCGUCUUUUGGAACUUUACUGCACAUCAAGAGAAGGACAUCCUGGCCGACCUGACCUUCAGCAGCUCCUCAAAUAUCCCGACAAAGCUUAGCACUACUUCUACGCCAGCACUGACCAACCCUCUUGGACUUGUAUCACGACCGCUCAGUGAAGCCGACUUCGAGACCGAGGACUUCCAUUUCGAGUACAACGCCGACAUCGACAAGCCCCGCAUAUUCAACGACAUGAUCACACUACGUACAAGCGACCACAUGAUUAAGCUGGCUAUGAGCCAUGCUAUCUCACAGUCGACUAAACUCAGCUACUUUGAGGAGCGUAUGCAGCGUACCAUGUCUGAGGCUCAAUACGUACCUCGUAAGCUUGCUCUAGAAGGCCGCCUUGGUAUGAGCCGCAGUCAAGUUGUCAGUCUUGUUGGCAAGCUCUUCCAAGGUCGUGUCGAUGUCAACCUCAGCUCCAACAUGCUUGACACACCAAACUUCUUCUGGGACAGUGAACCAACGCUAUUGCCGCUCUACGCCGCCGUUCGCGAAUAUCUCGAGAUCAAGCCUCGCAUCCAAGUCCUCAACGAACGCUGUAAAGUCUUCUUGGACCUUGCCGAGAUUCUAUCAGACGCAAUCGCCGACACCAAGAUGACCAAGAUCACAUGGAUCGUCAUCGUACUGAUUGUCAUAUCAAUCUUGGUCACCUGUUCAGAAGUCAUUCUGAGAUUUGCCAUCUUGAGCAAGGGUGAAGGAAAUGGUGCUGCGAUGCCGAGUCCGAAAGAGCUUUGA